CAACAACGAGUUUGAGGUGUUGUCUUGGCCUCCAAAUUCCCCAGAUCUCAAUCCAACCGAGCAUCUGUGGGAUGUGCUGAACAAACAAGUCUGAUCCAUGGAGGCUCCACCUCACAACUUACAGGACUUAAAGGAUCUGCUGCUAACAUCUUGGUGCAGAUACCACAGCACACCUUCAGGGGUCUAGAGGAGACCAUGCCUCGACGGGUCAGGGCUGUUUUGGCAGCAAAAGAGGGACCAACACAAUAUUAGGAAGAGGGCAUAACAUUAUGACCACAUCAGUGUAUCUUCUCUAAUUUUCCACAGAAACAGUUUAAGAAUGGUGUGAUGGUGAGUAAAUUAUGACAGAAUGAUAAUUUUCAUUAAUCUGCAAAGACAAAGCUAUUAUUCUUUAGAAUAAGGUUUUGACUCCAUGUUGACUUUUGUGUCAUUUAAAAAACAAUUGGAUGCUUAGUUUGACAGAGAGCUCUUCCAUGACUGAGAUCCAUUUACAUGAUUGAUACAUUUGUUUCACUGCGCUUUUACAGUGCUUUUACCACAUUUUAAAGCCACACUUAUGCUAAUCGAAUCACUUUCCGGCCUUUCAAGUGACCCUCUUUGGAAGUGGUUGGUAUCGCUGUCGGGGCCUAGACAAGAAAUCCUGGUUUAAGAGCCCAGGGGUUAAUUUGCACUUCAUAAUUAAAGAAUGACACAUAUAAAGGGGUUUUAGAGGAAUUUAACAGCACAACUGCUGGAACUAAUGGAGGCUAAAGGAGCUGCACCAUGCAGUGCCACUAAAUUGGAUUUCACAGAUGCACCAUUAUUUCAGUAUCAAUGUCAUGCACGUGUGUGUGAAACGCAGGGGCAAAGUGACUGCUAUCGUCUUGCUCUGGUGCACAGCUGAGAAAGUGCUCACAGGGCUAAAGUUGGUCUUUUGUGUCAGUAGGGAAAUGACUCACGCAGGAAAAGAAGACCACGUCUCUGACAGUGAGUGUAAUUAAGAAUUUUUUUAAACCCAGAAUGCGGACUUGGUGAGUGUGUUUAGGGAGAGGAGGCGUACUGUACAUGAUGUGCAAUUUAAAAAAACUGUAGUGUAAUUAGGGUGUUUAUUCGUAAUGCCUUUAACGUCAUGUUCUUGGUUGAUAGAGGCAUUCACAACUGUCUCUUUUUGCAAGUAGAAAAUCAUGCCUCAUAAAAGGAGACAGUAUAUAAUGUAUAUAUGUGAGGCACAGCCACUGGGUAGGAUAGGAAAGCUUUGAAGAAUAACCUGCUUGAUCUUUGCCUAGAGUGGAUAGCAAUAGUUGCUGUCCAUGGUUCUGAAACCACCGAACAGUGCAAGUGCACAUACAGUGCACUAGUCAAAAAAUGUGAACAGAAUUCCUAUUGAAAUUCAUCAGUCGAAGCCAGUCCUGAAGAAACUUAAUGAGAAUUUACUCAUGGUAUAACAAAAACUAGAUCUUUUAGAACAGAGAACUGACUUAUUUUAAUCUGCAGAACACAAAAGAAGUUUUGGAUCCCAUUGGCACAAACACUGCAACAUUUUUCAAAAUAUCUUUUAUGUUCCAAAGACAAUCAAACAGAUUUGCAGCGACAUCAUUUAAAUUUUUGGGUGAACUAGAAUAAAUACUAAUUUAUCAGUUUAUCAAUAUGUCUUUGUGUUUUUCUAUGCUGAGAAUGUCAUUCUUAAAACGAGAUAAUUUGCUAAAUUAAUUUUACGCUUAAAAAACCUGCCAAUUGAACCAAAAUACUUGUAUUCAAGAUGGAUUCUCUGAAAUCAAGUAAUAGUACUUUAAGCAGUUUUGCUGUUUGAGUAAAUGUAUCUUGCUUCUCAUUGGUUAGAUCAUUUGCGCAUUUGAAAACAACUAUUCAAGCAGAGCAUAUACAGAAUCGUAUGAUUGUCUAAAAUUAUAUUAUUUGUACUUGCACAGAUGGACAGAGACAAUGAUUUAUUGCAUAAUGUAUGCAAUUGUUGAUAUACUUCAAUUAGAUGCUCACAAAGGUAAGUUCUCAUAUCUGUUUAUCUGUGCGAGGGCAGCGCGAGUGCGCAACAGUUGACGUGCGCGCCUGACGGGGACGCGCUGUUCGUUUGGAAAGUCAUAGAACAGAAACUCUGCGCUCAGUCUCAGUGCAAGGACUUGACUUAACAUCUUCAUGGAGUUCCCAACAGGAAGGAGUCAUUUCAUGCGUUUCAGGUAUUGCACGGGAAGCUUCAAAGAUGAGCGCACUCCUCCGGCGUUUGGAGACUCCAAUGGGAAGGUUAUUCUGCCGCGCGCUGAAGUUAACGCGACCCUAAAGGGAUGAAAACUCACUUGUCGUCAUCGUCAGCGGGAGAGGGUUCACAUGAUGACUUCAGACCUGUUGCUGGUUCUCCAAAUGUCCUCGAUCUGACAAUGGUUACCUGCUUCAAUUCCUCUAGCUCUAACAGCACGACCGUCAGCUCGGAUGUGGCUCCGUUCUCCGGGUACACGAUGGUCAUUCUGGCGAUCCUAAUGACUACCCUGGUGGUCGUGGUGGUGGUCGGGAACGCGUUGGUUAUUCUCGCCUUCGUCGUGGACAAGAGCCUCAGAAAUCAAUGCAAUUACUUCUUCCUCAAUUUGGCUAUAUCAGACUUCCUUGUAGGGGCUUUUUGCAUCCCGGUCUAUAUGCCCUAUAUCCUGACGGGCAGGUGGAUGCUGGGCCGUGGACUCUGCAAGCUGUGGCUUGUGAUGGACUACUUGUUGUGCACGGCUUCCGUCUUCAAUAUCGUUUUAAUCAGCUACGAUCGAUUCCUGUCCGUUACCAGAGCUGUAAGUAUCAACACCCAAUUAGCCUACUAAAAUAAUAGUUCACCC